AUGAAGAUGGCCGAGCAAGAACAAGAGCACCAUGUGGAGGCACCGCCUUCCAUGGAGCAUAUCGACCGUACCGAACUCUACACCUCACUCCCAGUCAGAAUUCAAUUCUUACAUUCCUUCCUUGAGUUCGGACCUGAGGAUGUCGCAGCCCUUAUCGCAGGUCAGAAAUACGUAAAGGCGCUCAUUCCAGCUAUUGUCAACAUCGUCUACAAGAAACUCCUCAAAUACGAUAUCACAGCUCGUGUCUUCACUACUAGAAACAGCAGGGAUGAAGGUCCAGUUAGCUCUUGGGCGAGCGAGGACAGCGCUCAGAUUAUGCACAGAAAGAUGUUCCUUCGAUGGUACCUUACAAAACUCAACUCCGAUUGCACAAGAAUGGAAUACUGGGAGUACCUCGACAAAGUCGGUCUUAUGCACGUUGGCAAAGGCCGCAAGAACCCACUUCACGUUGAAUACGUAUUCCUUGGUGUCUGCCUCGGUUUCAUUCAGGACGCCAUGUUCGAGGCGAUCCUCUCUCACCCACGCCUCGAACUCUACAGAAAGAUCGCCCUUAUCAAAGCUCUCGGCAAGGUGAUCUGGAUUCAAAACGACCUUAUGGAGCGCUGGCACAACACCGAUGCCCUCGAAUUCCUUGAGGAGGAACCUAUCGAUGAGGAUGAUGCCCUGAAGGAGGGGUAUCUACAUGGCAAACAGAUGUUGGGGGACGAUGAUGCCUCAGUACGUAGUAAUGGUACAGACGCUAGUAGACGUAGCUCUGAGAGUGGAAAGACUAUCUUAGGUCGUCCUAUCGAAGAGGCCACGCAUCUCAUGGAUGGCAUGAAUAUGGGAAGAUGUCCAUUCAGUGGGAUGGCGCGGCCUGAUCCUGCGCAUCUCGAAAGACAGAGGGCAGCACCCUCCCGACCUGCAGUUGUUAACAUGAGCGGGAAUGGACUCAGUGAGUACCACAUUCCGGGUACACCGAGGCUGAAGCUGGUCAACGGCCGGACGGUUUUGAAGCAAAAUUUAGAUCCUAAUCCAUUUUCGGAUGCAGCAGCUAGUGAUGAAAAAAAGAUAUAG